AUGUUCUACAAAACAUCAAUGAAUGAGGAUACACUAUUCAAAACUCUUGAUUUACUUUGGGUGAGGCCAAGAAACUUUAAUAAUACUGAACUGACACUACUGUACAAAAAUGUAAGACCGAUCGCAACACAAAAAUACAAUGAUACCAUGGAGUUAUUUUACACUAUAUAUGGUAUACCACCUGUACACCAUAUUUAUUUUAAAUCUUUAAAUUGGAGAAGAAUGAAUUAUAAAUUACGAAAUAUCAUUUGAAUGUAACAUUUUUUUAAUAGUGAAUAAAAGUUGGAUAUUUUUUUAACUUUAUAACACAAAAUUGUAAUAUUUUUUUUUUUAUUUUAAGAGAAUUUUAUUUUAUUAAAGUGGCUUAAUAAAAUGAAAAUUUCUAACCGUUAUUUUUGAGUGGCUUCCAUUUAUAACUAUCAAAAACGUGUUAUUUUUCUAAACAAUUAUUUAUUUAUCAUACUAAUAAUUAGAAACACAAAAAUAUACUAUAUUAUCAUUUACCAACAUUUUUAAAUUUAUCAAAACGCAAACUGUAAAAUAUACCUUGAUUUAAAGAUAAAUGGACUUAGGCCACUUUCAAAAUGGAGAAUCACUUUGACCACGGCUUUUUCGUUUCUUGAAGCUGUCUCAGCUUGAACACCAGUUAUAGAUCUUUCGAUACUAUUCACGAUAUUUGUAAAUUAUGAUUACUUUAAUCGAAACAGCUUCAGUGAUAUUAGCCAUCUGUAGGACAUAUAAUGUAUUUUAUUUUCGAGCUUUCUCGAAUAAUUGCCGAUUUGUGAUUUUUCGCGAGUUAUAAAUGCGUUGUUAUAUAAAUAGAACUGAUUAUGAUUAGAUUCUGGGAAUGCCAAAAUUAUGUGAUGCGGCUUCCGGUAAGGAAGGAACCGACACUAUCUACCGUGGUAAAUAA